ACUUUUCCUCCAGAAAAAAAAGAUGUUAAAAGAAGGAAAAGAUGCUAUGCAUCUAGCGAAAUCGUCCCUAGAAAGGUCCCAGUUCAUUCUAGAAAAAAAAUACAUUGUUUUUAGUCACUCGAAACUUUCUUUUUUUUUUCUCUCGUCAUGCUGCUCAUAUAAAAGCUUCAUCAGCAAGACCCAUUUCUUUAUUCAAGAUACUCUCUCUAGAGAUGGCUCGUUACUACUACAACAGAUACUCUAUCUUAGAACACUUAUCUUUCCCUCUCCACCUUUGCUUCUUCGUUCUCGUCCUCUUCCUCGUACUGGGAUUCUCGUGGUACAUCAACUACGAGUACAUGUUUGAGGACCUGGUCACUCAGAUGAAGCUGUUCCUCAUGCUUUGCCCUAUCGUCCUCCUCCUGGUCGUCCACUUCUUAUCGGCCGCGGACCGGCGUCGGGUCCCACUGAUAGUUUCUCUCCCAGAGAAGGAGUCGCUUCACCGGGCUGGAGGAUCCCCGUGGGGCGUCGCGCUCCUCCUCGUGUUUCUCCUCUACCUGAUCUCGCAUCAGUCUACUUUCCACGUGCGAUGGUUUCCCUUGGUGACCAGACGAUCGUGAGGCAUAAAUUAGGUGUGUUACAUUGUCACUGUCCUGUCCUGAAGAGGUUCAUAGUACUGAUCAGAUUUGAUGUAUGCACUAUACGAAUAUAAAUAUAUAUAUGCGCUAAUAUAUAUGUGAAUUGAACUUUGAUCUUUGAACUGUUUUAGUUUCAGAUGAUAUUGGGCGUCGCUUCACUAAAUCGGAUUUAUUGUACUCUUGGUAGAAAAUAUAAUAGGGACUACUUGGUCCUGAAAUCAUUUAUUUCGGCUUUU